AAGCUGUUGUUCGUAGUUUUUGAUUGUCAUGUUUUACCAAACAGUCGAGGCAAACAUGUUUAAAAAUGACAAAAGUAGAACCUGAGCUUUUGACUGAUCCAGAUAUAUCUACCUAUUUAUGGAGGAAGGUCUCCACCGGGGUAUAUAUAUAACAUAAACCGGCAUCGAUUGAGCUCACUAUUUUACGUAUUUUCUGUACAGUUGAUAAACAAGACAUCCUCCAAAACAAGUAUCAAAAAAGAUGUUAGAGAUCGGAAAAAAUCUUCAAGUUCUCAGUCUAACUCGUCCAAAAUGGAAAAAUCCGAUUCAACAAUACAGCUCAACACUUCCUGUUCGUAUUCGAGCAAAAAAAUGACACAGUCCGCUCACGCUUCGUUUUCAUCAACCAAUCAAAACAUGCGUACAAACAAACAAUGAAAGGGCUCCGAGAAAGCUAAAUGAUGUAGCCACUUAUUCAUACAAGUAAUUAUGUUAAUGCAAAUGGUGUGAAAAACCUUAAAAAUUGACAAGGAACAUCUGCAACGGCUUUUCUUUCCAUCAAGAUAGUUAUUUAAGUAUUGUAUACAUGCUGUAAUUUUCCCAUUUUAAUAUGAUUGAUAUUUUUUUAAUCAUUUUGGUUCAUUUGCAUUGUUUGAACAGCUGUUUUGUUCUGACACUAGCCUCUGGUACUACCUUAUGCUACUGCAUACUUCUACAUAACACUACAUAAGACUGCAUAACACACUACAUAACACUGCAUAACACUAUAUACCUCUACAUACAACAAUAUAACACUACAUACCAUUACACGCCACGAAAUACCACUAUAUACCUCUACAUAUACAUACCACCACGCCUCUACAUACCACUUCAUACCAAUACAUACCACUAAAUACUACAGCAUACAACUACAUACUACUACAUAACAUUGCAUACCACUACAUAACACAAUAUCCUUUUCCGUAUUAGAAAUAUACAAUCUGACCACUACGCUAUGUAAUCUAAAGCUCUAUAUUUAAUAUGAAUACCAUUCACACAGAAAAAUUUCCGUAGUGGUCUUACUGUUUGAACCUAAUAGUGGAUACACGCAGUGAUUUUUAUAUCGUCGUUAAUUCGUCACCAAUGGAGAUGAAAAGAUGUUAAAAGAAUGAUGACAGUUGUGACAGAUAUGGCAAGAUGGUUGAGGAGGGAGUUUAAAUGAACGGUGAACUACAUGCCCGGGACCUACUGAAGUGGUGAAGAGGAUGAUGACCAAAAAGUCUGUAAAGGAUAAGAUGUAUUCAAAAGAAGAAAAAGACGAAAUUAUUUUGUCACCAGUGCCUUUCCACCAAAAAAUUCUCUGUUGCUGGCACUGAUUGCUGGUCAGUCGUCCCCCCCUGUCGUCCCCAGAUGUUACUCAAAAUGGCGGACAUACUUUAGACUUAAACAGAAUUCUUGGCUUUCUUCGUUUAUACAAAGUAUUCAUUACUCUAUUUGACUAUUUAUAAUGCCUACAAGUGAUAUUGAAGAGCAACGUCGAAGUCGUGAUUUUCGGGAGUCUCAUGGGUCAAGUUCGUCUUCUAGGCGUCCUAAAAGGAAGCAUUAUGAAGGUCAAGAAAAGAGAAAAAGUCCUGGACGAAAUUAUGAAAGGCGACGACAGGAGCGUGAACAUAUAUGUGUAAUGGGGGUGGCAGGUGCAUGGGGCUUAUCACCGAAGGCACCAUUAGAGGAUUCUGAUAACGAGGAAGAGGAAGAUCCUUUGGAAAAAUUUGAUGUCAAAAACAAUGGGUCAGUGGAAGGUGUAAAUAGCAAAGAAAUUAGUAAUGGAAAGUAUAAGAAAUCUGACAAAAAGAAGAAAAGAAAACACAAAAAGAAAAGGUCUUGUUUAUUUUUUAUAGUGUUUUAUUUUUAUAUUCCACUUUUAUUCAAGAAAAGAAGAAAGAAAAGUUCCAGCGAAGAAAGUGAACAUGAUUCUGAAAGUGAUGAUGGUGUUAGCGAGUGGCUUGAAAAACGCAAAGAUGAAACUUCAGGGGAUAUAGUGGUUGGUCCAACGCCUCUAGUUUCGCUUCAACAUGGGAACAAUGACGAAAGAAUGGACUUCGGUGCUGCCUUACUUCCUGGCGAAGGUGCUGCAAUGGCGAAUUAUGUUAAGGCUGGUAAACGCAUUCCGCGUCGUGGGGAGAUUGGACUAACUAGUGAUGAGAUAACGUCAUUUGAAGAUCAAGGUUACGUCAUGAGUGGUAGCCGACAUCGACGUAUGGAAGCUGUCCGUAUAAGAAAGGAAAACCAAAUCUACAGCGCUGAUGAGAAACGAGCAUUGGCCAUGUUCAACUACGAAGAACGAGCAAAGAGAGAAACGAAGAUUUUGUCAGAUUUCCGCGAGUUAGUGCACAAAAAGAUCAACAAACAGAAAAGUUGAAAUGCUCUUUCCUAAAUAUUUAGUGCGUAUAUUUCAUGUGUCAUGCGCGAAUCUUUCAUAAUUUUAUCAGUAAAACAAUUUUCUCUUCACAUAAACUCAGCCACGUUUUGAAUUUAUAGUAAUUCUUGCGUUAAAAAAUCUAAUAUUUUAAUACAUGUAUAAAUAUCUCCAGGUGUAGUUGACUGCACGCUGUUAAUUUCUUGUAUAGAAUUUACUUCGUUAAAACGCAAAUUUUGAAACACUUCACAUGAACGCAUUGCGUGCCUAUUUUUAAUAGUUGAUCUCCAAAGAAUCUACAUGCAACCAAUUAUUCACUUGAGAAAAUGUAAGUUAUAUGUGCUGCAUCUUAGUGAUAUUUUUCUCGUAUAUUUGUUGAAUAUUUUUCUCAUAUAUAAUUUUGUUGAAUCAGUAAAUGUCUUUGGAUUUA